ACAUUUUGGAAAUAAAGUAACACUUUAGCCUUUUCUGGUCAGAUUAUGCAUUUACACAGUGACUGCCCUACAAUAUAUAGUGCCUGGAGGUGACUGUUGUUGUGAUUUGGUGCUACAGAAGUGAAUUUAAUUUUUUCAACAAAAAAGCACAUUUGUAUUCUUUCCGUUUUGUCUUAAAAGUUUUCAGCUUUAUUCUUGAAUUCUCAGUAAUUUUUGUAAUUUUAUUGUACCAUAUAUUUCCAUUAGAUUCAUCCAAAAUUAUUUAGGCUCACCACUUGCUUGCCUUUUGAUUUUUUAGUUUUUAACUUUAUUAUUUAAAUCAAAUUUAAUUAACUGUGGUUUUUCAGCAUUUUGUUGCUCUAUGCAAAUGCUUGUGUGUGCAGGCAGUUCCUUUCAGAGGUCAUAUCCCAGGAGGAAUGCAGCUGGGGAAAAGGAUCACAGUGAUUGGUACUGUGAAUCCCCAUCCUGAUAGGUUCUACAUUGCCCUGACAUGUGGUUGUGGCACAUCCAGGGAGCCUCCACCUGAUGUGGCUCUGGAGAUGUGUGUUCGAUUCAAGGACAGACAAGUGCUACGAAGAGCCUGCAUGUCUGGAUCCUGGGGAGAUGUUGACAAAGCUGUUCCUUUUUUCCCCUUCAUCAGAGACCAGCCCUUCAAGAUUGAGAUUCGGUGUGAACAAAGCAGAUUUCGUGUGUUUGUGGAUGGCCAGCAGCUGUUUUAUUUUCACCACAGAGUGACAUCACUCAAAGACAUUGAUACCUUAUGGAUCAAAGGUAGCAUCAUUAUCUCCAAACUGGGUUAAGCAGUGUCCCUGCUCAGCAGGAGGUCUCGGAUUUCAGUGUUAUUUGCACUGUGUGUAUUCACUCCAGGCGUUCUGGUACCAGAUGAUGCUGGUACAACAAAACAAGUUUCACAAAUGUCCAUAUUAGUGUGUGAUUAAUAGUUUCUGAUGUUCAGAAAUGCAUUGUGCGUUCUACAAACAAAUGUUAGUUUAAAUGAAAGUUAAAACUUUAAUAAAUUCAGAUUCCACAUGAAUGGACUGUAGAGUUAUGGGUCUCUGUCAUGAUCCUGGGUCGUUGACCCAGCGUUUUGUGUUUCUUUUUGGGUUCAUCUUGUGUUUGGUGUUUAUUCUGAUUCUGUAUUAAUUCUUUGGGUUGGUUGUCGUGUUAUUAUCCCUACCUGUGUCUCCCCUCUGUGCUCCGUUCAGGUCCCUGCGUUUUUGUUGCAAAACAGUCUGUGUGUUUCCAGUUUUACUUUGUAGGUCUGCUUCUCAUCAUGUCCAUUAGUGUCAGCUGUGUUUCUCGGUGUAUCUACGUCUCUCUGCAUUCUCCGCUCCCCGUUUCAUGCUUAGGUUUGUCAUUUCGUUUUCCCAGUCUAGGUUUUUUUCAGUCAUUCGUCUUUUCUCACUACCUGUUCCGUCGCUCCACUUCUGUAAAUAAAACAUCACUCUCAUCACCAGUCAACUGCCUGCAUUUUGGGUCCUUUUCCUCCUACACCACACGGCUCACCCCGCCAGCCGUGACAGUCUCUUUUCAUCAACAUAUAUCACAACAUCAGUUUCUAGUUCAGUGUAUCAGUGUAUGUAUUAACAGUCUGUAAGUGGAGGCUUUAUUAUAUAAAUACCUGUUUGUCCUAGCUGGAAUUUUACUUGCUACAAAAAUACUUUUGGUUUUGUUCAAUUUUUGUAUUUUUUGGUAAUUAAUGCAUUUAUCAAUACUUCUAACUUGAGCACUUUUGAAAAUCUUCUGUUUGUAGAUUAUUAGAUUACAACAUAUAUUUCUUAAACUGGUUAAUAAAUAUUUAAAAUGUAUACGUUAUUGCCUUUUAUUAAAUCUUAAAGUUAACUGUAAGAUAGUAACAAUUAAUGACUGACUUUUAUUGUUCUUUUAUUUUUUAUCUUUAUCUUUUAUUUUUAAGCUAAUAAUAGAAUCAGGUGCAUUGUGUGUAUUCGCAUUUUAGGGCUGUUAUCAGUUUUGCUUUUAUUGACGCCAAUGUGAAUAAGUGUAGGCCUUAGCUGUAGUACAGCAGUUUCACCAUAAGGUGGCUGCAGAGGAUAUUGGUAUACAUGAGGCAACGGUACAGGUUAACAUGAAAUGAUAAAUCUUCCUGAGAACCAGCCCAAUGUAGUAAAUAAAGGACAUCCUGGGCUUUCCAAUGAUAUCUCAUGUGUUUGGGUGACCCCAAAGACACGGGAAAUUACAAAAAAAAAGUUAAAUCGGAAGAAUCUCUUUCCUUGGUUCUCAGGAGGAUAUAACAAAACAAAGCAAUAAAAGGUUGG